AUGAGAUUUGUUCGACAAAUGUUAGAGGUUAUAGUGCCUCAAUCCGAAACUGAUGAUUCGGUCGAUGUGUAUUCAAAGGAUAACUUUAGUGAAGUUUGUUUUAAUGUGUUUAGAGUAGCUGAUAAUGGUGAUUUAAUUCCUCCAUCCACCAAAUUUUCUCUUAGAAAAUUAUAUUUGCUAUCAACCAUUAAGGAUUAUUUGAUGAAGGCUAAAUGUGGGAUGGCUCGAAUAGGUCAGCCAAGUUCAACAGGUUUAGGUGGAAACGGUACUUGCUUUUAUUUGCUUCCCAAUGUUGUUAUCACAAACUCUCACGUGGCAAAUACAGAUGAAAUCCCAUUGAUCUACACAGGCACAUAUUCCGAAGCAGUUGAAGGCUAUUUUCAAAAACUCAAUCCUGUUGAAAGCAAGUUGCUUUUCUCUGGAUCAUCUAUGCAGCAUCAAAUGCGGAAAUAUAAUCAUUCCUUAACAAGAACACAUUUCCCUCAAGUUGACGAAACAUAUUUAGAUCCUAUUAUUUCUUUACGUGGUGAUUUUGGUUAUAUGGAUAUUUCCUUGCACAAAAUUGCAUUUCCAAAUAAUAUGCAAAGUUCUAAAGUAUUAAUGAUCCCCUGUCCAGAAAUCUUACAAGUUUCAGAUCCCAUAUUUACAAUGCAUUAUCCUGGAGUUGAAGGAACACAAUUUUCAAGUCUCCACAGCAACCAAUUUUCAAAUUAUUUACAUUGGGCACCAAAUGACAAUGUUGUUUCCGAUUUAUUUCAUGGUUAUGGAAAACUAUGCAUCAGUACUGGUAAAGUUCUGGCUCCAUAUGUUGAAGAGAAGCAAGAAAAUGGGAACAUUGAUUGGGUUCCAAAUACUUCACAUCAAUAUAACUCUCAAAACUCUAAUUUUCUUAUAACUAAUGAGAGCGUAACGAUAGGUUCAUCUGGAGGAUGUGUUCAAUCUCCAACAUGUAGGGUUAUUGAAAUUAAUGGAAUUACCUUAGUAGAGUUUCAUGCCAUCCAUUUUGGAGGACAAUUUGUCAAGUGUAAGAAUUGCUUAAAGCACAUCAAACAACAAAUGAAUGAAAAUGAUGAAGAUGAAUAUCCAUCCUUAUUCCAAGGUUUACCUCAAGAAUGGAACUUUUGCGAAGCAUGUCAAAAUGGAAAAGAAUCCUCCAAAAUGGUGUACAAUUACUCUGUUUCAGUUCAUCAUCCAUUGUUGAAACAAGUUUACAAGAAAUUAAUUGCACCAGAUUUGUUAACAGUAUUGAAUGUGAAUUUGUCUGAUGAGAGAUUAGAAAGGCUGAAACAAUAUUUAGACAUGUAA